AUGUUAUUAGAACUUUUAGAACAAUUAGAAUUAGCUCAAGAAGGUCUUCAAUCCGAAAAUUACAAUAUUAAAUCAGAGAUUACAAUUAUUCAAGAUAAAUUCAGUAGUAAAAAAUCUUUCCACACUGUUCAUGAUACUUCAAAAGAAAUCAAUGGUGAUAGAAUCAAAGAGAUUUUUAAAAAACUUUUAUUUUCAUAUUUUAUUUUAUUAUUUUUAUUAUUUUUUUAUUGGUUUUAA